UUUUCUUGUUUUUGAGUCUCUGGGCUUCAUUCACGAUCACAGCCGCCAAGAAAUGGACGAAAAGGACGAAGACCUCGGUACAUUUGAUCCAAACAUCCCAGAGGAGGGACCUUCAGCGCCCCCUCCUGGCUGGCUGGACGACAUCCAUGGAUACCAGGGCCACCAGGGAGGAGAGGGUGACAACCCGUUGUAUCCUCCUCCACCUGCCUACAACCCCCAGCCUGAACUCAACCGCAACACGCUGGUUCCCAACGUCAGGGUUCCCACGGUGUCGGAGGACGUGGCCAGAGACGCCCUCAUCAAGUUUGUGGAGUCUAAGUGGAGGUACAGCUCCAAACCUGCCAGGAACCUGACCUUCAAGGAGCUCAAAGCCAUCACAGUGUACCGGUACCGACUGGAGACCUACACCGAGACCAGAACCAGCGCCUGGCAGUUUGAGCCCUACAACGGUCAGCCGGUGGACGGGCCUCAGUACGGCGCCAGUCCUCCUCCGUGGGCCAUCCAGGUGACGCUGCCCCAGAGAUACGCCGACCAGGUGGAGAAGGUCCGAGUGCCGCACUCGUCCUUCGUCAAGUUGUGUCACAAGUGCAACGGCUGCGGAAACACUCGCUGCAACUCCUGCUUCGGUCGAGGACAGAAGCGCUGCACCUUCUGCCACGGUCACGGCCGGUCCAGGAACAAACGCUGCACCUCGUGUCACGGCCGAGGACGCAAGAGGUGUUUGUCUUGUCACGGUCGCGGCCACAAGACCUGCUCUGUUUGUCACGGCAGCCAGAACCUGCUGCACUUCAUCCUGCUGACGGUCACGUGGAAGAACAACAUCGAUAAUUUCAUUCCUGACCGUCAGCCGGAAUUCCCAGACAAGAACUUUGAGAAGGUUUCAGGAGAUCCUUUCUUCAUCGAUGAGAACAUGCUGGUCUAUCCCAUCCAGGGUUUCCCCGAUCAGGAGAUCUGCGAUGUUUCUACAAAAAUGAUAAACGACCACCUUCUUCGCUUCACCUCCACCAGCCGCAUCCUGCAGCAGCGUCAGACCAUCGAGCUGGUGCCUCUGACUCACGCCUACUACUCCUACAGCGGGAAGGACUACAGCUUCUUUGUCUACGGGACGGAGAACAAAGUGUUCACCCCCAAGUAUCCGUCCGCCUGCACUCUGCUGUGAGCCGCCGUGUAGAGCAACCUCCAACCACACAAUCGUACCUGAAGCCUCGGUCCUGCUCCCACAAAGCACUCAUUCCACCAUUAUGCCUUAUGAGCUCUGUUUUAUACCAAAGUGACGUUUGUGAAGGUGGAUGUUGAACCUGAUCAGUGAUGACAAACCAGGAAGUUCCUGUUGGUUGUCUACAGCGCUCCGUAUAAUCCAGUAUAAUCAGCUGUGUGUCUGUACUAACACCUCCUCCCAGGUUAAGCAUCGGUCCUGUUGGGACUGGAGCUGUUUUAAAUCAUUAAAUAACAGUUAUUAGGUAAAAACCCUGCAGUUCAUAGCGACGCACAGCUUCAGUUUCUGUCCUCAAACAUUCGCUGCAUCUUUCCAAAGUCGACGUUCUUGAAUCUGAGCAUCAGGUGCAAGUAAAAAAAGGUGCCUUAAAAGACCAAAGGAAGCCUUAAAGUUGCCCUUUAAAAGAUUUACCAGCUAAAAAUAAUGUUCUGUAGCACAGGAGGCUAACUGCUGAAGCUACAGGCCUCCAAGUUUACCACCAAUGGGAACUGUUUGUUUGUUCAGCAGUCUUUAAUUUAAAGCUAAUUUCUAAUGACUGUAGAUUUACAGUAUGUAUGAAUGUUCAUAUAAUGAAGCAUAUUUUCCAUUUUUUAGCCUUAAAGUUGGCUUUAAAACAAUAAUGAAUGUUGUUCUUUAGCACAGGAAGCUAACUGUUGAAGCCAAAGUUUACCACCACCAUGUUCCUCAAUAAUACAAUCAGUCGUGUUUAAGUCUAAACGUCAUUUUCUAAUGACUGUUUAUUUACAAUAUGUUUAUUUCUUUUUAAAGUUUGAGCAGGAACCCUAUUCUCAAAGCCGAUGUUUGCUCGCUGUCAGCUCAGGUCUCCAUGGAUACGAAUCCAUCGUCACGUCUUCAGUCUGCAGCUUUUGUUUUGUACUUCUGACUUGUUCUCUGUGUUUUGUUUUGUUUUUUAAAGCAUUUUAGCAACUUUCUGUGUAAAUGUGGUAGAAAAGAGCAGAUACUGAAAGUGAGAUUCAUCGUCGGUUGUUUUACAUUUAAAGCAAAAAAAUUAUUUUAUUUUGCCCAAAAUUUGAAGGUGAACACGUGAAAAGUUUGUUUCUGUUCACUGACAGUAGAAUAUGAACGAGUUAACUCCACGUAGCCGUGAUGUCCACCACAGUUUGUAAAGAAAAACAGAAAUGAAACAGAAAACACUCCUCGUGCGUUCGCUCAGACUGUUUCCAUGAAGAACAACAGGAAGAACCACUUUGUGUUUGGGUUUCAUGUAAAGCAGAUAACUCUUAUUAAAUAUAGAUUAUAUUAUAUUCUAGUAUAUUAUUACCUGCAGCUGAAGCAACUGUUCAAAGUGUCUUAUUGUUUUUGUAUAACACAAUAAAAGAAACCUGCCGGAUGUAGUCAGUAAAUAAAGAUGAUUCUUAUAUCUUGA